AUGAGGUUAGAGGAGGAGCAGAUGAGGUUAGAGGAGGAGCAGAUGAGGUUAGAGGAGGAGCAGAGGAGGUUAGAGGAGGAGCAGAGGUGGUUAGAGGAGGAGCAGAGGAGGUUAGAGGAGGAGCAGAGGUGGUUAGAGGAGGAGCAGAGGUGGUUAGAGGAGGAGCAGAGGUGGUUAGAGGAGGAGCAGAGGAGGUUAGAGGAGGAGCAGAGGAGGUUAGAGGAGGAGCAGAGGAGGUUAGAGGAGGAGCAGAGGUGGUUAGAGGAGGAGCAGAGGUGGUUAGAGGAGGAGCAGAGGUUAGAGGAGCAGCAGAUGAGGUUAGAGGAGGAGCAGAUGAGGUUAGAGGAGGAGCAGAGGAGGUUAGAGGAGGAGCGGAGGAGGUUAGAGGAGGAGCAGAGGAGGUUAGAGGAGGAGCAGAGGAGGUUAGAGGAGGAGCAGAGGAGGUUAGAGGAGGAGCAGAGGAGGUUAGAGGAAGAGCAGAGCAGGUUAGAGGAGGAGCAGAGGAGGUUAGAGGAGGUUAGAGGAGGAGCAGAGGAGGUUAGAGGAGGAGCAGAGGAGGUUAGAGGAGGAGCAGAGGAGAGAGGGAGGAGGUUAGAGGAGGAGCAGAGGGCCUCACCUCCAUGGUCCUCCUCUGGUCGCAGGAUUCCCUCCUGGUACACGGCUGGUGGAGGGGGGGGCACUCUGGGCUCAGGGUAUAGCUGA